AUGGAGUACGGUAGCGGCGGCGGAGGAGACGGCGGUGCUGGUAGUCCGUCCGGUGGGGAUCAUGACCUCUCCGAAUCUCAGAGGAGGAAGAAGCGUUAUCAUCGCCAUACUGCUAAUCAAAUUCAGCAGCUUGAAGCAAUGUUCAAGGAAUGCCCACAUCCAGAUGAGAAGCAGAGGUUACAAUUGAGCAGAGAGUUGGGUUUAGCACCUCGCCAGAUCAAGUUUUGGUUUCAGAACAGAAGAACCCAAAUGAAGGCUCAACACGAACGAGCAGAUAACUGUUCACUUCGAGCUGAGAAUGAUAAGAUCCGAUGUGAGAAUAUAGCCAUUAGAGAAGCACUCAAGAAUGUGAUUUGCCCAUCUUGUGGAGGUCCUCCUGUAACUGAAGAUUCAUAUUUUGAUGAACAGAAAUUAAGAAUAGAAAAUGCACAAUUAAAAGAAGAACUUGAUAGAGUUUCAAGCAUUGCUGCCAAAUACAUAGGGAGACCUAUUUCUCAUCUCCCUCCAGUACAGCCCAUUCAUAUGUCUUCACUGGAUUUAUCUAUGGCUAGUUUUAGUGGUCCUUCGCUUGAUCUUGAUCUUGAUCUUAUUCCAUCAUCAUUUUCUUCUUCAAGUUUACCUUUUCAUCAUCCACUUGGUAUUUCUGAUAUGGACAAGUCGCUUAUGACUGAUAUUGCUGCUAAUGCUCUUGAAGAAUUACUAAGGCUUUUGCAGACUGAUGAACCUUCAUGGAUUAAGUCACCAAGUGAUUCUAGAGACAUUCUUGACCUUGAUACCUACCAGAAUAUUUUUCCCAGGCCUAUUUCUCGCUUGAAGAAUCCCAAUGUUCGAAUUGAGGCAUCUAGAGAUUCAGGUGUUGUUAUCAUGAAUAGUUUAGCUUUGGUCGACAUGUUUAUGGAUGCAAACAAAUGGGUAGAGCUUUUUCCCACAAUUGUUUCCAUGUCCAAAACACUUGAAGUAAUUUCAUCUGGAAUGUUAGGCAGCCACAGUGGUGCUUUGCAACUGAUGUAUGAAGAGUUGCAGGUUCUUUCACCAUUAGUACAAACUCGAGAAUUCUAUAUCCUUCGAUAUUGUCAGCAAAUUGAGCAAGGCUUGUGGGCAAUUGUUAAUGUUUCAUAUGACAUUCCACAAUUUGCUUCUCAAUGUAGCUCCCAUAGGCUUCCAUCUGGAUGCUUGAUUCAGGAUAUGCCUAAUGGAUACUCUAAGGUUACUUGGGUUGAACAUGUAGAGAUAGAAGAUAAAACCCCAACUCAUAGGCUUUACAGAGACCUUAUAUAUAGUGGGAUGGCCUUUGGAGCUGAACGGUGGCUUGCUACUUUGCAAAGGAUGUGCGAAAGGUUUGCAUGUCUAAUGGUGUCGGGCACAUCAACUCGCGACCUUGGUGGAGUAAUUCCAUCUCCUGAUGGUAAGCGAAGCAUGAUGAAACUUGCCCAAAGAAUGGUAAACAGUUUCUGUGCUAGCAUCAGCACAUCUAAUAGACAUAGAUGGACCACUGUUUCCGGUUCAAAUGAGGUUGGAGUUCGAGUUCAUAAGAGCACAGAUCCUGGCCAACCAAAUGGUGUUGUUCUUAAUGCAGCUACUACCUUUUGGCUUCCAGUUUCUCCACAAAAUGUCUUCAAUUUCUUCAAAGAUGAAAGAACUCGAGCUCAGUGGGAUGUUCUCUCGAGUGGCAAUGCAGUGCAAGAAGUUGCUCAUAUCGCCAAUGGCUCACAUCCAGGGAACUGCAUAUCUGUUCUUCGAGCAUUCAACACUGGGCAGAACAAUAUGUUAAUACUACAAGAAAGUUGCAUAGACUCAUCAGGUUCACUUGUAGUAUACUGUCCAGUUGAUCUACCAGCCAUUAACAUUGCAAUGAGCGGAGAAGAUCCUUCAUACAUUCCAUUACUGCCAUCAGGGUUCACUAUUUCUCCUGAUGGUCGUCUAGACCAUGGAGAUGGAGCAUCGACAAGCUCGAGUACCCAUGUAAGCAUGGGCCGUAGGUCAAGUGGUUCACUAAUUACAGUAUCAUUUCAAAUACUGGUAAGCAGCUUGCCAUCUGCUAAGCUAAACUUGGAGUCUGUAACAACUGUUAAUAACCUUAUCAGUACCACCAUCCAACAAAUUAAGGCUGCAAUGAACUGUCCUAGUUCUUGAUCAUCUGAUUCUGCAAUACAACUGUUUCUCUUUGGCUCUACACCAGCUUGCUUUAAAUUAAAUAUGGAGAUGAGAGAUGAGAGAAAAGAAAAGAACAAUAAGUAUUGCAUUUGUGGAAGAGUUAUUGAAUGCUGAGGUUUAGUUGGAUUUGAGAGAGCGUUAGUUGAAGCCUUGAAUGCUCUCUCAUCAACCCUCCAAGAUGGUUUAUUUACUGCUGCUGCUGUUUUUGCUGCCAAACUUCAUUACAGUCUACACCAGCUAGAUUUUAUUUAUUUAUUUAUUUAUUUUUACUACAAGGGGUUGGAUUGUUUGUUUCUUGAGAAAAUUUUUAUUAGCUUAAAGUGGGAGUCAAGAACGCACCAUCUAUAUCUUUCCUGCUGGUUCUUCUUUUCUUUUCUUUCUCAUAUUUUCUUCGCCACUACAAACACAGCAAGAAAAAUGUGUGGUUCGGGCAUUGACUUCUGUGCUUUUACAUUUAUUUAGCAAUGAAUGAUCUUUUGUUUUCUUUUUCCACUGCUUGUUAGUUACUACUUGUAAUAAAAUCGUCUGCUUUAAUUUCUUUCUUUC